UCUUGAGUGACACCAAUUAUUAAGCAAAUUCAGAAUGACACCAAGGCCUUCACUUCUACUUGUUCUUAUGUUGCUCAUCACUACUCAUUCAAGAGCUCAAGGGCGAGCUCCUCAUGGGCUCGCUCACGAGAAACUGGUGGCUUUCUCACCAUCGGCUUAUGAUUUCUUCCACCCAAAUACGCAACCGAGCUCACCUUUGCCUCUAGCAGCUACAGUUCAGUCGAGCUUAGCACAUGAAAGCAGAGCAGAAAAUAACAAGGGUGGGGGUAAAGUUGGUGCUGGAGGCAUUGCUGCAAUAAUUUUUGGUUUUGUAUUUGCACUUCUCCUAGCCAUGGGUGUCUACUAUGUGGCGACCACCCGCCGGGCCAAUUUGAGUCGGAAUAAUACAGUUAUACCAGCAGCAGCUUGAUGUAUGAGCUUCUAGCCAAGUUUUGGGCUAUUUAAUAUCUUCCUCAAAUCUAGAAUAUGAGAAGUAUGCAAAUACGAUUCAGUGAUUAAUGCAUGUAAUUAUGGAUCUCAAUGAUUAAUCCUAAAAGUAAAAGCAAGUUUAUGAUCA